UGAGCCACAACAAGAAGCUUUUUGUCCUGAGCCACUUUCUGAGCUUUGCAACGACGGCUUUUCUUAUUAUUCUGCCUCUCUCUCUUUGCCCAUCACACCAGACCUUUUUUUUUUCUGCAAAUUUUCCCAGGAUGCACAAUGUCCCUGCAUGGGGGAAUGUUUACACAAUGUUAUCUGUGUCAGUCCCAGCCCCUGGAGUCUCUCUGGAGUGGGUUCUGGUGGAAUUCUGGAACGGGAUGGAGGAGGAAUUUCAAAAGGAGGAGUGACGAGAGACAGGCACAGAAAAAGGGUUAGGGAGAGAGGGAGAGAGAGAGAGAGAGAGGGAGAGUAUAAAUAUAUCCCAAGGAAGCUGGUGCUCACAGGCGCAGCUGGACUCCUGGAUAACUGGACUGCAGCCCACUGGAAUAAUUAGCCAAAAGGAAAUCAGAUUAACUACAUUCGCCGUCUGGUUAAAAGCUCCAGGACAGCUUUUGAAGUUUUGUUAGAAGACCAAGGAGAGCAGACCAGUCCAGCAAACCCUUUUCAGAGCUUUCAUAGGAACAGUUUGGGAGAGACGCCUGGCAGCGAUGGAAAACCAGUUACAGAAGCUUGUAGCGGAGAAGAAGGACAUGGUAGAGACCGUCAUGGAGGUGUUCGAAAAGGGAGCCGAAGUAGUGGCCAGCAUUGCCGGCGACCUCUUCCCUGUCUUUGCCAUCGCUGCUCCGAUUGUCAAGCUGGCUCUGGACAAUGUAGAAAGCAAAGAGGCUGCCUUCAUGAAGGAUCAGUUUCAGAAGGUCCGAGAUCAGCUGGACGUGGUCUCCGAGGAGCUUCAGCGGAUCAAUGAUGAGAUCAAGAAGAGUAGAGUGGAUGCUGUGUAUUUUUCAGUGGAAGAAAACAUGACCAACCAAUUCAGGAAGUACAUGGACAUCCUUAACACCAAGCCUAAGUUCAGAGAUGUGAAGAAGAAGCUUUUCCUGGACCAUUUUGUCAAAACUGGCGGAGACAAAAAUCUGAACACUCUCUACAACGCUGUGACCGGAGAAACUUUUUCUGGGGAGCCUAUCCUCGAGAUCAUCCAGAACUACGAGGAGAAAAGUCGCCGGCCGAUGGAGGACUUUUGUGCUCGGCUGAAGAAUCUCUUCUGCGUUGGGCUCAUAGCGCUUUUGGGGCACGCUGCCCUAAAAGGGUACAAUGAAGAGGAGGCUCUUCUCAAAGAAUGGGGUGAAAAGAUGAAUGCUGUCCAAGCUAAAAUGAAUGCUGUUAUUGAAGACUGCAUCGUCAGCUUCCCUAAUCAAGCUGAACAGGACUCCCAACGAGUGGAGAGAGACCAGAAGGCCUUAACCAACCAGCAGCUAGCUGAUGCUAUCGUUGAGAAGCUGAGGAAGAAGUACGACUGGGUGGGCUGGUCUGUGCGCAUAUUCAGGUUUCCCACAGGCCUGUUUGCCAGCAAGAAGGAAUCCCAAUACCACUGCUUGAAGGGGAAGAGUCACUUUGGGUUUCCCUCAUCGGAUAAGAAACUAAACAUCUGGGUGUCGUACAGCUCCUCGCCUGAGCCCGUCAAUAAGAAUCACAUCGAGCAGCUGAUCAAGAGUCAGAAGAAACUCACCAUGGUGAGUGUAGCUGAGGUCCUGUUUAACAAGUUACCAGGCGACUGUGUAGUGCACACAGUCAAAACCAGCGAAGACCUGGCCUUCUCCUGGAGCUUCGAGAAUGAACUUCAUUACUGGGAGGAGCACAAGAAUUUUUAUGUCUGCAUUCAUUCAGCUUAAAACUCUAGAUCUAGAAAAACCCUCCAAAUAAUCAUUAAUAUAUUCUUUCUAUAUGCACAUAUUAUAGCAGUCUGCUGCUGCCACUUUCCUCUGACCUCACAGGUGAAAGAUUUCACAGUAGGUGCCUUAUAAUGUUUGGAUAGUUUUGAAGUUGUGAGUAUUUAUGGGCUGUAAGAAUCUUCUGUGCUGGUGGGAUCAAUCUGAGCGACCUGUUUGGAGAAUCUCAUGAGGACUUCAAGCUGACAGCUAUUCAGGGCAGGGCCAUUCAAGAGGGAUGUUCUGAGAUCUAAAACAACUGGACCUCCAAAAGUUCCUCCAAGUCUGAUUAUCACGAGAGAUUUUUGUGUGGUUGCUGUUCUCUCAUCCAACCACAUCCAGGUUUCUGUUCAACUGUAUCCGGAGAUAUAACCGCCAUGUUCCAGUCCCAAAACAAAACAAUGAAAGGGUAAAAGUGAGGGACUUUCUGGGUCCAUAUCUGUACCAGCAGCAGUAUUCAACAGUGGCCUUUUUGACCACAUGUGGUCAAAAAGGCCAGACAGCUCCUCCUGCUGCUUAGCUGAUCAACGAUGGGACAGCUCCAUGCUACACAUGCUGCACAGCAACAUGGAUGUUCUUCAGUCAUUAAAUUAUUGAAAAACAUUUGGCAAUCAUCAUUUUCAAUAUUUUUGACCAGCUUGAAUUUUCUUGUGUUAUUGUUGUUUUAGAUGAUUAAAUGUCCUCUUUAAAAGGCUUGAUUAAUCAUCCUGACCAGUGUCCUGAAAACCCAUUAGUACUCUAAACAAUUCUUAUCCCUGUUUUCAACUUUAGCUGUUAAAAGAACAUCUUUUUCGGCCUUCCUUUGUUUAAAAAAAAAAUUCUUUUGGUUAAGAUUUUGAGAUCACAUCUGCUAUGCGCUUAAUAACAAUAUAUGAUCAUAUUAUCCUCUGCCACUGUAAAUUUCAGAGGGAUGUGCUUUUUCAACCAGGACUUUUGUGGUGGUUAAAAAGAGAAAACUGUAAUGGAUGUUCUGGUGCUGAUAAGGCUGAGCUCACCUGAAAUGGGCCAUUUAUACCAAAGAACCACAUGAACAACUGAAAUCCCUCACUUGGAUUUCACUUGUAGUUCUUAGUUGGCCUAAAGAGGAGAAAACAUCACUUCAAAUGCAAAUGAAGCCUUAAUCAGCACUGAUGUCCCUGCAGCUUUUAUCAACUUCCAGUGUGUCCUGCUCCAACAUCUCGUUUGAUUUGUGCAGCUGAAAAUUAACUUUGUGCAGGAUUUAGUUGAGUUUUUGAUUCAUUUUGGGUUUGGGUUUUUUUAAUCAAAAUGUUUGGAAUCAGAAUUCCUGUUCAUAUCACCUGGUAAAAAUACAUAAAAAAAUGAACUUCUCAAUAACAUUAAAAUUCAUCGACUAUGACUGUAUAAUGCAUCAACUAUUCAGAUUUGUUAUGGGCUUUUCACUCCUGUCACCAAAAUAUUUCUUACUUUUCUAUAUAUUAAAACUAAAAUAUUACUUUUAAAAAGUAAAUGACAUAAUGGUAUUUUUGCAUACAUCUAUUGCAUACUUUUUAUGUUCUUGCUGUGUCUGGGUAGUUGUUUUAAUUGCAUUGGUUCUAUGAAACAAAAAAAAACUAAUAAAAUUUUUGAAUUAA